GCCAGAGGCCGCAGGGCGAGCCGGGCCUCUUCCCCCGCCGCCAGCCGCGCUCUCUUGUGCCAUGGGAAGGCGGCGGGGCGGCCUUGGGUCGACGACGCGAAGCAGAAGCCUCCGGCAAGGGUCGGGGCACCCGGGCUGAGGGGAAGCAGAGAGAGAGCGGCGGGCGGCCGCAGCCAGGCCCAGUCCGGUCCCCCGUCGGCGCUGCGCCAAGGAGGUAGGCGGCUGAGGAAGAAGAAGAAGACCGAGUGGCGGCGGCGGCUCCCCUCAGGUUGUCUUCACACUCUCAGGAGUGUGUGAAAGCUACUCAGCACAAAGGCAGCAAAGCACCCAGCUCGGAAGAUGACUGGAGUUCAAAUCGACAGCUCCCGACUGCCCCCCGUUCAAGAAGUUUGUCGAGAUUUUGCCGUCCUGGAAGAUGGUGCUUUGGCCUACUGUCUGCAAGAACAAGAGAUUGAGCAGCAUUACACCUCCAACAUCCAGAAGAACCAGCUAGUUCAGAAGGACAUCCAGAUUGCCAAGAGGCUGCAAGGCAUGGAGGAGGAAGAGAGGAAGCUCCAUAAUUCCGAGCAGCAGAAACAAAUCGAAGAGAGCGACUCUGAAAUUGCCCGUGCCAUCCAGGAGGAUAUUCAGAAGAAAGCUGAGGAGAGUCGCCAACGGGAGGAGAGAGACCAGGAGCUAGCCAAGAGGUUGCAGGACUUAGAAGAAGAAGCGAUCCGACAGCAGAAGCAGAGGUUGGAGAACUCAGAUGCCGAAAAAGGUGAUGACACUGAACCUCUGCAUUGGGUGAUAGCAAGCCUGGAGCUCCAGACCCUGGAGCAGCUCCGACAAGAUGAAGAACUGGCUCAGAAACUGCACGAAGAGGAGCAGACUUCUAUCAGAGCCAGGAGGAACCGGGAGCGUAACGAUGACUACAGAGCUGCCCAGGUGGCUCAGGAUGAGGAGAUUGCUCGAUAUAUGCAGGAGCAGGAACUGAAAGCCCAGUGGAGAUCCUCCAGCAAGGAUGAAGCAUCUGAGAGCAUCAAGGAGACACACAGCCUCUCUGAACAGAGAUGGAAUCGAGGGCCAGAGGAGGCUCAGCCCAACUGUGGAGCUGCAUCGCCAGCCAGAGUUCAGUCCCUGGAAAGAUCAGAUGCACCCUCUAGAGGAGGCCAUGCAGAUGUGAAGCCCCAGCUUUGCCGGAAUAUCGCUGAAGACCUGGACCCAACCUUCAAGGCCAAAAGAACAGAGCCACCUCCUGAUGUGAGCACAGUCUGUUCCCAAGCUGUGGGCUCAGUACGUCCUGUUCCAGUGGAUGGCCUUUUUGACUAUAUGGAUGAGAUUUCAGAACCCACCUUCGUGUCUCCGACCAAGCGGCAGCCCGAAAAGAUGGGCCGUCAGAAAACCAGGGACAAAAAGGAAGGCUGCAAGCAGCAGUGAGCUCCUAGUUAUCCAUCCCCUCCCUCUGCCACUGAAGAGUGUGUUUCUCCACUGGGACUGCAGGUUCUUCCUUGUACCACACCACCAGGGAACAGGUAUGCCACAGUGUAGUGAGUUCCCACUCAGGGCUUUCUCUGUUCUAGCACUGAAGCAUCUGAUUAGACAUCAGAUGAGGCAGAUGCAAAAAGAUUUCCAGCGUAGCCACCAUUUUGGUUUGCGAAAGAACUGAAAAUGGAAGCAACGCAGCUUAAACAAAAGCAGUAUGGCCCUAGCUCAUUUAUGUGGGGGGGGGGGGGGGAAUGCAGAAAGCACAAAAUGUGGCAGCUCUUCCUCCUCCUCCUCCCCAGCAGGAACUAUUUUAACCCUUGCCAUCUAGAACCAUCUAGUCAUUAGGAUAUUUUCACUAUAGUGGGAAAUAACAGCUUUGCAGUGUGCUGUUUAUCAGGUGACUAGAGGCAGAAGCUGCACGACAGAUACAGUUGGAUGCUCCUGUAAGCCAAUGGUUCUCAGUCCUAUCCCGGAAGGGGAGGUGAAAACCAUCGGCUAAAAUGUCUUCUCAACAGAAAAUACAGAUACAGCCUCUAACAUGGGAAUUCUUUAACAUGGAAAAUAAGGGGGAGCCAAAAUGGAAGUAGGGCAGCACAAGAACAUAUCCUUCCAGAGGAUCUUCAAAUAGGAAAUGUGAACAAGAGAUUUAAAAUAGGCAGAAUAUUGUAUUAAGCGCUUUGUGUUUCUACAGUUAUUACUUUUAUGCAAACAUGUGAUUGACAGGCAGUGAGUAAAUGAACGGCCAAAACGCACAAAACGCUUUCAUGGUAGAUUAGAAGCUGAUCUUCCACAGGCCACCCUAGUAGCAAGCAGAUGAGCCUCCCCCCGGCCCGCCCCUUCCUCCGAGUAUUGGUUCAGAUGCUACUGGUCUUGGACUUUUAAGAUGUGCAAUUUGGAAUUGGUGCUAAAUGUGUUAAUUUGCACUUUUCUUU